GGUGCCGCAUGCCCACACACACACACACACACACACACACACACACACACACGGAGUCAGACACACAGCACAUCUCUCAGACCCAUCCCUGCUCAUCAGCUCCAAGCACGCCAGAGAGAGGCCGAGUCUGAACGGCUGCGGGAGGCUGUGUGGGACCUCGGCCGUCAGAGAGAGACGGAGCCUGUGGCUGGUGAGGCCGCCGAGCAGGGCCAGGCCGGGCCCUGCCCGUCAGGACGCCCAAGCCCUUCACCGGCCCCUGCGCCUGGGAGCCCAUCAGGCUCUCCCGCUGGCCCCGCCAUGACUUCGGAGCCUACCCCGCCCGCGGUCGUGCCCCCGCUGCACUCCCCCAAGUCCCCUGUCUGGCCCACCUUUCCCUUCCACAGGGAGGGCAGCAGGGUCUGGGAGCGAGGCAGUGUCUCAUCUCGGGACCUGCCCAGUCCCCUGCCCACCAAACGGACCAGGACGUAUUCAGCGACAGCCCGUGCCUCGGCUGGCCCCGUGUUCAAGGGCGUCUGUAAGCAGUUCUCACGCUCACAGGGCCACGGCUUCAUCACCCCUGAGAACGGGUCGGAGGACAUCUUCGUGCACGUGUCUGACAUCGAGGGGGAGUACGUGCCGGUGGAAGGCGACGAGGUGACCUACAAGGUGUGCCCGAUCCCGCCCAAGAACCAGAAGUUCCAAGCUGUGGAGGUGGUGCUCACUCAGCUGGCCCCACACACUCCCCAUGAGACGUGGUCCGGCCAGGUUGUGGGCUCCUAGGCUGGGGGGCCCCGUGCCAGCCGCCGAGGGAGGGAGGGAGCCACACAGGGUAGACGGGCCGCAGCCAGCCCUGCGCCCCACCGCGCCGGCCAAGCCAGUCCCCCGGGCGGCCUUGGUGUGAACAUCUGUGUGUCUGUGCUUGUGGACAAGAGUGUGGGCCUCCAUCCACCCCGUGACCCUUCUGAGCUGGACCGAGGCGGAAGCCACCAGACCUGCCUUCUCUGCUUAUCUGCGCUGUCCUCCCGCCCCUCCCCGCUACAUAUGCACAGGACCCCCUUGCCCUCCUAACACCCGUCCCAGGGUCCACUGAGCCUCUGAGGGCCAGUGUCAGGCCUGGGGCUGGGUGUCAGGGCAUUGGUGGGCCCUGCCCUACCAGCUUGCUCCCCUCGCCUCUGUCUCAGGCCUGGCCGGCGGGGUUGUGGGGAAGCGAUUCUGCCUGUGCCACUCACACCUCCCCCUCUGGGCUGGGGUCUCCCCCUGGGACCUGGAUCUCUUUCCCCCAGAAGCCAGGCCAGUGAGUGCUUUGGGGGAGCCCCCUGGCCUCUUGCAGGGGAAGAGGGUGAAACCUGGAGGCAGACAGCCCCCUUCCCCCACUGCCAAGGCCCAGCUCCAGCUCCUUGCUCCUCUCCCCGCAGCACACUGGAGAGGUAGGAGGCAGUGGGGAGCUCCUGGCCAGCCCUUCCUCCGCAGCCUGGCAAUGGCUGUGAACCCCAAACUGAGGCCAUGUCCACUACCCUAGCCCGUGCUGAGCCUCGCCGCCUCAGCUCUCCUUGGAGCUAAGGGUCUUCAGUGGGGUGGGGGCAUAGCUCCCCCAGCCUGGAUGGAGCCACCCCCUUUGCCCUGACUCACAAACCCCAUGCCCACCCAUCACAGCUGUGAGGACCCAGCGGUAGACACACACACACCCCUCAGGCAGGGCCGGGCAGGGGCACCCACCAGAAUAAGCCCUUAGCCUGGGAGACCACCAGCCCUGCAGGCCCCUUGCUGGACCCUGUUCCCAAAGCCAUGGGGUAGAGGCUCCCGCUGGCCCCCAACAGGCCAGUGGCUGAGGUGUGGUCCCGAUCUUGUCCAUCCCUUAAAUGUGUGGCAGCCCUCUCCCCUUUGACCAGGACGGGUUUGUGUGCACUCUUGGGUAGCAGGCCACCCCCCCCACCACCACACUCCCUUCCAGAGAACACAUCACCUGUGGGGGGGAAAAUGGGGUUCAAAGGAGGGCUUGCCAGGGAGUCACCCUUAGGAGACCCAGUCUGAGUAAAAGAGGGGCCCAAAUGCCCACGAUGGGGGGUCAGUGACUGUCUAGGAGGAUCCCAGCCCUGUGGCUACGUGUACCCCAUCCCUGUCCUGAGGCUGGAAGACCAGAGCUGUUAGGGCGUACUGGCCAGCCCCCUAAAACUCAGAAUGGCCCCAGUUUGAGCUGGGCCUACUCAAGCAAGGCCUGAAGCCUUUCACCUGAGGAACAGGCUCCCUGGCUUCCUCAGAGGAAGGUUUACUGGUGCAGGUUAACUCCUGGGAACCCCCAAGACACCACCGCCCCCACCAGGAGUAGGCUCCCCCCUUUUAGGCACGAACCAGGAGGCAGACUGUGCUAACAGCAACCCUGGGCCACCCCACUCAUGGCCCCACAGUGUCCAGUCAGACCUCCUGAGACCCCCACCAGCCUCCUGGAUCCCCCAUCCUUCCUGACACUGGCAAUAAACCCUCAAC